CAACUCCUGACAGAUGAGUGACGCGCAGGAGGCUGCGGCGGCCGCCCAAACCCUAGCCGAGGGCGCCUCCGCCCAAACCCUAGCCGAGGGCGCCGCCGCAAACGCAAAGUCGCUACCCACCAUGUCCCCCAUGGAUCGUCUCCCCAUGGAGCUGCUCGCCGAGAUCCUUCGCUGCCUCCCGCCGCGGGGCAUCGCGACGUGCCGGGCCGUCCGCAAGGGCUGGCGCGCCGCCGUUGACUCCAACGGGCUGAUGCUCGCGGUGGAGCACCGGGUGCCGCGCCGCAUGGGCGGCAUCGUCGCCAACUUCUCCCACGAGGACCGGCCCUACUUCCUCUCCUGCGGGGCCGCCCCUCCGGGCAUCGGCCACGACGCCGCGGCGUUCAAUUUGAUGAUGCCGCUGGAGAUGUGCAGGGGGUGGGGGAGAGCCGUCCUCGACCACCGCGGCGGCCUUCUCCUGUGCGAGGGCCAGCGCGCGAUGUACGUGUGCAACCCCGCGACGCGGCGGCGGGCGGAGCUUCCCCCUUUGCCCUCAGAUGGCCCCGGCGCCUACUACCUCCUGUUCGACCCCACCGUGUCGCUGCACUACAAGGUGUUCUUCUUCCCCGAGCCCAGCAGGCAUGGUCAACCGCCGACGGAAUGGCCGCCGUCUUCGUACACGGUGCAAGCCUACUGCUCGAGAAGCGGCCAGUGGGAUGACAUGACAUUUCUCCGACAAGGAGAUGCAACCACGAUGGCCUUGUGGGCGGAUCGGAUCAAUGAACGAAAGCGCCACGCCGUGUACUGGCGAGGGGCAUUCUAUCUGCAUUGCCCCACUGGCUCCAUCAUAAGGUUUUCAUUGGAGGAGAAGAUUUAUCUAGUCAUCAGAUCCCCGGAAGUAGUGGCAAUGCCUAAUAUUACCGUUUGUGAGCCUGAAAUGCAUCUUGGGAAAUCGAAGCAUGGAGUAUGUUGCACCGCUAUCUAUGGAUCCCAACUUCAAGCAUGGGUACUACAUGAGGAAUCCAAACCACUUUUAGUGCAUGAGUGGGUGCUAAAGUGUCAUUUUGUCCUUCUUCCCUCUUUUGAACGAUACUGCACCAAAGUGCAAAGGUUGGGUGGUAUAGAAGACAACGAGUGGGACUCUAGUGAUGAUUCUGAGGAAGAUGAAGAGGCUCCAGAAUUAGAUGAAGAUAUGGAACAAUAUAUUAGGUUUACUAAUGCCAUACGCUUUAUGGGGUACCAUCCAAAUAAAGAGAUUGCUUUUUUGGUGACCUGCGACUUGGGGUUUGCUUACUACCUCGGUACCUCUAAAUGGCGCUAUUUGGGAUCACUUUACCCAGAGGAAUGUUCUAAUCCUGAAUAUGUUGCUUUAAAGAAGUCGUUCAUCUACACUCCUUGCAUGGAUGAUUUGCUUCCUACUUGCAAUGAACCAUAACAUGUACUCUAUCCUCUCUUUAAUACUCUGUUCUCUCUAAUCCAGUGUAAUCAGUGCUGCACUCUGUAGGAAUGCGCUUGUAUCAGGUGUUGAAAUUGAACAAAUCCUUUGGUGAUAGACAAUUUAUGAUUAUCCAUAACA